AUGUCAUCAACAAACACUAACAAAGAAAAUGUUGUCUUUACUGUAAUUCAACCAACAGACAAAUUCUUUAUUACAAGUGCUCGUUCCGAUGUACAGGCAUCUAGUGCCUAUCUUUCUCUACUUUUAGUUCGUUUGAGAACAAAGUCAUCAUCAGCAGAGAGUGGAGACUGUACAAAAUACACUGUUCCCGAUAGGGCAUUAUUGAAGAGUGUUUGGGAAAAUUUAUUAAUUGUAUUUCAGUCACAUAUUAAAAAUGGAAAGAAAAUAUUUACACUUGAGGAUAAUGAUAUUAAAGAUAUUUUAGAUUAUUUGGAGGAUAUAAUUUGGAUUUAUUUACAACCUAAAAUGAGGGAAAAUUUAUAUUUUGGAUUUAAUAUGAAUGUUUCAAAAUCCCCUUAUUUUAAUUAUAGAAGUUCUGAUAGAAAUAUUAUAAUAGAAAAUGUAAAAGGAGAAUUUCAAACAGAUUUUUCCAUCUCUCGUCAUAUUAUGCCAAACUUGGAUUUUGAAAUGGCUGCUUCUAUUUUAAGAUAUUAUGCCACUUUGUUUUUUAAUGAAUCAAUAGAAUAUAUUGAUCAAGCAUCAGAUGCUAAGAAUAAUAAUCUCAAUAUUAGACUCUAUGUUCAAAAAUAUGAAACUGAGAAGAGUGUUUUGGAAUCUAUUAAUGAAUAUGUUUUUGGAUUGAUGGAUAGUACUGAAGAAGAGGAUUUAAAGAUUUCAGAAGAACUCACAAAUAAUAUCAAUAAUGUUUCCAAGAUAAUUUCUUGUCUCUAUCACAUGUUAAAUCAAAAACAUAGUAGAGUCUCAAAACAUGAAUUUAGACUCUUAUUUGAUGAAAAUGUAAAACCAAUAUUCAAACUAAUGAUAUUGGAAAACUUUUUCACUUUAUUUAAAUGUGAAUUUGACUUGUGUAGUGCUCUUACUGAAAUUUUUACAAAAUUUGUAAAGGUAAAGGGUAAUACUUUAAAUGAUGUAUUAGAAUCCUUACUCUCUAUUAUUCAUAGUAAGAAAUCUCUCAAUCAUAGAGACUCUUCUGGAAUGACUCUAGCAUGUUUGGUUCAAGUUUUGAAAAUUUCCCACUCCCCUCAUAUUCAUCAAAAAGGAUUUUCUAACAAAUACUACCUUACCCCAUCCCAAUAUGAAGAUUGUGAGAAUUAUUCAAAAGAAGUAUUUGAAGGGGAUUCAUCCUUACUUCUGGAUGAAUGCAUGUCAUUACUCUCUGAACACUAUGUAAGAGCUUGUAUCGAUGAUGGAGAGUCUUCUCAAUAA